AUGAAUCCUUUCGAUCAUAAUAGUGACGAAGAAGAUCCUUUCAUGGAUAAUAAAGAAGCAAAAAAUUUACCUUACGCUACAGCUUAUACAAGUGAUAAAUAUUCUCCCAGAAGAUAUAUACCGUUAGAUAACGAUGAGGAUGAUGACCUUGAUUAUAAUUUUAAAAAAGAUGAUCACUUCACAGCAUUUCCCAAAUCAACAACAACAUCAAUUGCAAAUUAUAACUUAAACAAGCAAUCCCCAAAUAUUUUUAGCAAAAGCUCAGCUCAAUUCAACAAUCCUUCCAAGAAUAUAUUUGAUAAGACAAUUCCAGAAUUGAGUUUUAAUGAAACUAAUGAUCAUUCUAAGACACCAAGAGCUCAGUAUACAGCUAAAGAAUCACCUAAAAGACAACGCAGAACCGAAAUUAUUAUUAGUGAUGAUGAAGAUGAAGAAAUGCAAUUCAGUCAAAUAAAUGGCUCGCCUCAUCGUUCGUUGCAUAAUAGUGUCAUUAGUAGUGAAAGAUUUCUAGAGCCACCACAACCUAUAUUUUCACCACAAACUUUUGCUAAAGCAAAUAUCCCAGAGUAUAGAGAAAAAAUUAGUAAUAAUGAUGAUGAUGAAAAAACAGACUAUGAUUUUGAUUAUAAUUAUGAUCAUGAAAAGACAAGAGAGUUAGAAACUAAAUCUUCCUAUUCAGAAUCUACUGUUUACAGUGGAUCUUCAUAUCCUUCAACAAAUCACAAUAAUCCUGAAGAAAGUGAAUACUUUGGUGCAUCAAUCGAUGGAAAUAUAAUGCAAAAUAUUGACCAAGGAUAUGUUCCAAAUAGAGAAAAGACAAUCACAAGGCGUAAAGUUAGGUUAAUUGGUGGUAAAGCAGGAAAUUUGGUUUUAGAAAAUCCGAUACCAAGUGAAUUGAAAAAAGUUUUGACAAGAACAGAGUCCCCAUUUGAUGAGUUUACAAAUAUGACUUACACAGCAUGCACCUCUCAUCCAGAUAAUUUUGCUGAUGAGGGUUUUACAUUGAGAGCUGCAAAAUUUGGUCGAGAAACCGAAAUUGUAAUUUGUGUUACAAUGUACAAUGAAGAUGAAUUUGCAUUUGCAAGAACAAUGCAUGGUGUUAUGAAAAAUAUAGCUCAUUUGUGUUCAAGACACAAAUCUAAAGUAUGGGGGAAAGAUAGUUGGAAAAAAAUUCAGGUAAUCAUUGUGGCAGAUGGUCGAAAUAAGGUUAAUGAAUCAGUUCUUCAAUUAUUAACGGCGACUGGCUGUUAUCAAGAUAAUUUGGCAAGACCGUAUGUUAAUAAUAAAAAAGUCAAUGCCCACUUAUUUGAGUAUACCACACAAAUAUCAAUCGACGAAAAUUUAAAAUUCAAAGGUGAUGAGAAAAGUCUUGCUCCAGUCCAAGUGUUAUUUUGUUUGAAAGAACAAAACCAAAAAAAAAUCAAUUCACAUAGAUGGUUGUUUAAUGCAUUUUGCCCUGUUUUAGAUCCAAAUGUUAUAAUACUUUUAGAUGUUGGAACCAAGCCUGACAAUCAUGCAAUAUACAAUUUAUGGAAAGCUUUUGAUAGAGACUCAAACGUUGCUGGAGCUGCUGGUGAAAUCAAAGCAAUGAAAGGUAAAGGUUGGAUAAAUUUAACAAAUCCCUUAGUUGCUUCACAAAAUUUUGAGUAUAAAAUGUCAAAUAUUCUAGAUAAACCGUUGGAAUCGUUAUUCGGGUAUAUUUCUGUUUUACCAGGAGCUUUAUCUGCGUAUAGAUAUAUUGCAUUAAAAAAUCAUGAAGAUGGGACUGGUCCAUUAGCUUCUUACUUCAAGGGUGAAGAUUUACUUAAUUCACAUGACAAAGAUAAAGAGAAUACAAAAUCAAACUUUUUUGAAGCAAAUAUGUACUUGGCAGAAGAUCGUAUACUUUGUUGGGAAUUAGUUUCUAAAAGAAAUGAUAAUUGGGUGCUUAAAUUUGUUAAACUGGCUACUGGUGAAACAGAUGUUCCAGAAAGUAUUUCAGAAUUUCUAGCUCAACGUAGACGUUGGAUAAAUGGUGCAUUUUUUGCUGCAUUGUAUGCAUUAUAUCAUUCUCAUAAGAUAUGGGGAACAGAACAUUCAAUAUCCAGGAAAAUUGGAUUAUAUAUCGAAUUUGUCUAUCAGUUAGUAAGUUUGGUAUUUUCAUUCUUUUCAAUAAGUAAUUUUUAUUUGACUUUUUAUUUUUUGACUGGAUCAUUAGUUUCAUAUAAAAGUUUAGGGAAUAGAGGUGGAUUUUGGAUUUUCACACUAUUUAAUUAUCUUUGCAUUUGUGUUUUAACUUCAUUAUUUAUUGUUUCAAUUGGUAAUAGGCCUCAUGCGUCGAAGAACAUAUUUAAGAUUUUGAUUAUCCUAUUAACUGUUUGUGCUUUAUAUGCAUUAAUUGUUGGAUUUGUUUUUGUUUUUAAUACUAUUCACCAAUUUGGUAUGGGCGAUACAUCGACCUACGUGUUAGUAAGUAUUGUCGUAUCAUUGCUAUCAACUUAUGGAUUAUAUACAAUCAUGUCAAUUUUGUAUUUAGAUCCUUGGCAUAUUUUAACUUGUUCGUUGCAGUACUUUUUAAUGAUUCCAUCGUACACAUGCACAUUACAGAUAUUUGCUUUUUGCAACACUCAUGAUGUUUCUUGGGGGACCAAAGGAGAUAACAAUCCAAAAGAAGACAAAUCGAACCAAUAUAUUAUUGAAAAAAAUGACAAAGGUGAAUUUGAAGCAAUUGUAGUCGAUAUCAAUAUUGAUGAAGUCUAUCUUGAGACACUAUACAAUAUAAGAGCCAAAAGAUCUAGUAAAAAGAUUUCAUCUGCGCAAAAAGUGAAAACUCCACUUGAUGGGGAUGAUUAUGCUAAAGACGUGAGAACAAGAGUGGUCUUAACAUGGAUGGUUGCAAACUUAAUAUUUAUUAUGACAAUGCUUCAAGUUUAUGAACCUGGUGAUACAGCAAGAAACAUUUAUCUUGCUUUUAUUCUAUGGGCUGUUGCUGUUUUGGCAUUAUUUAGAGCUGUGGGUUCCUUUGGUUAUUUGUUACAAAAUUACGUAAGGUUUUUUGUUGAAUCUAAAAGCAAAUGGAUGAAUAAAAGAUCAGGAUAUACUGUACCAAGUCACAAUCCAUUGAAUUAA